UUCUGCUCUAUAACAGUCAGCACGUCCCUAGUUGGGAGGUUUUUGGAGUCCACGUUCUUCCCGACCAUCUUUGCAAAGUCGCGGAAGGUCGGACUUAAUCCUUCCGGAUUUCGUGUAAUUCACCGGUCAGACAGACCGUCCGACGUGCUGCUCGAGAAUGGCUGCACUGCGCCGUCUGAGACAAUGCGCCUCCAGCGGCAUGACGGUCUCUCACCUCCACACCAGCAGCUGUGCUCUGGCCAAGCAGCACUAUAAAAUGCUCGUUGUUGGAGGAGGAACUGGCGGCAUUUCAAUGGCUGCAAGAAUGAAGCGGAUGCUGGGAGCCGAGAAUGUGGCGGUCGUGGAGUCCAACGAGACUCACUACUAUCAGCCCAUUUGGACCCUGGUUGGCGCGGGGGCAAAAACUCUCACCUCAUCAGGUCGCUCCACAGCGAGUGUUAUGCCCUCUGGUGUGAAGUGGGUGAAAUCCAAAGUUGAGGAAAUAAACCCGGGCACUAAUACUGUCCGCUUAGACGAUGGGAAUGAAAUCUCCUACGAGUAUCUGAUCGUGGCUCUUGGUUUACAAAUCCACUUUGAGAAGAUCAAAGGACUGCCUGAAGGAUUUGAACAUCCAAAGAUUGGGUCGAACUACUCGAUCGAAACUGUGGAGAAAACCUGGAAAGCGCUGCAGGACUUCAAGGAGGGCAACGCCGUUUUUUCUUUUCCAAAUACUCCUGUGAAAUGUGCCGGCGCGCCACAGAAGAUUAUGUACCUAUCUGAUGCCUAUCUCAGAAAGACCGGGAAAAGGGAAAAGGCCAAUGUCAUAUACAACACAUCACUACCUGUGCUCUUUGGGGUCAAGAAAUACGCAGACACAUUGUGGGAGAUUGUGAAACAAAGGGACCUUCAGGUGAACCUGAGGCAUAACCUGAUUGAAGUGCGGGCAGAUAAGCGGGAAGCUGUGUUUGAAAAUCUUGACAAACCAGGCGAAACCAAAGUGCUCGAGUAUGAAAUGCUUCAUGUCACACCACCAAUGGGACCCAAUUUGGUAGUUAAAGGCAGUCUACUGGCCGAUGCGGGUGGCUGGUUGGAUGUGAACAAAGACAACCUGCAACACAACCGAUAUCCAAACGUGUUUGGAAUUGGCGACUGCACCAACCUGCCCACGUCCAAAACCGGUGCUGCGGUCGCUGCACAGACUGCUAUCCUGAACAGAACCAUAAGCAAAGUACUGAAAAAUGAGAAGCCAGAUAAGAAAUAUGAUGGCUACACCUCGUGCCCCUUGGUCACGAGCUACAACACCGUGGUGCUGGCAGAGUUUGACUACAGCGGACAACCACUGGAAACCUUUCCCAUCAACCAAGCAAAGGAGAGACGACUUAUGUACUUCAUGAAAGCUGAUGUCAUGCCUCACCUCUAUUGGCAUGGGCUUCUUCGGGGCUUCUGGGGGGGACCAGGACCAUACAGGAAACUCCUACAUCUUGGAAUGAAAUGAAUGGUUCGCUAAACUUUUCAAUUUCUGUCAAGCCCAAAAUCACGGGUUUUUACAGUCCGUACACUUGUCCCAGGACCUCUGGAUCACAACUGGAAAAAGUCUCCCACCCCUAAAAAUAUAUAAACAAACAAACUUCAUGGUGGAUGGAAAUGCAAAGAAUGUCACGUGUGCAAAGUGAACAAGUUACAACCAGUUAGAUGCAUUAUUCUGAGUAUUUAGCAGAAUAAUGAUGCAUUUAUGUUGUUGACCACAGACUAUUUAAGCUCAGCUUAGUUAGCCUUAUCUCAUUAUAGUUUUUUUUAAACUAUUGCUGUGCUAGUCAUUAAUUACAGUAGUGGCAGAAUAUUAUGUGUGGUUUCUUGCCGUUUUAUGAUUUUGACAGUCUAUAGGUUUGUCUCCAGCUUAAAUGUGUUGUUUGAGUGAUACUUCUUGCUACAAAACCAUUUUAUGCCAGCCAUUGCCUUUGGAAAUAAUUCACCAUUACCAUGGAAACUACAAAAUGUCUUUCUUAAAUUCCAUGCUUGAGUGUUGUGCAUGGUGAUUAUUUUUCUAGGAAUGCUUAACUGAGUUAUAGACAUCUUUGUGGUGAAACCGUCUAUUCUCAUGUUGAUCGACAGAAGAGACGAAUGUGCAGCUCUUUCUGUUCUCCGCAUGCUCCAUAAUAAAUGGAUGAAAUCAUUAAA